AUGAAAACGGGAGAAGAAGGAGGAGAAGACAAGGAAGUAGUUUCUCUUGAAACUCUCAGUAAAAAAAUGGAUGAUUUUGCAAAGGCUAGAGAUUGGGAGAAGUAUCAUAGUCCAAGGAACCUUCUUUUAGCGAUGGUGGGUGAAGUGGGGGAGCUAUCAGAGAUAUUCCAGUGGAAAGGAGAAGUAGCAAGAGGACUUCCAGACUGGAAAGAAGAAGAGAAAGUUCAUCUUGGAGAAGAGUUAUCAGACGUUUUGCUGUACUUGGUGAGGCUCUCUCAUGUUUGUGGUGUCGAUUUAGGCAAAGCCGCUCUUCGCAAACUCGAGCUCAAUGCCAUCAAGUACCCAGUCACACAGACUGAUCACUCUGUUGGUGAACAUUCAAGCAGCAAAAGCAAGUUGAAAGAAGAAAACUAA